UCCUCCUCCUCCACACACUCCCAGCGCAAUUUAUACAUGGGGGUGUCGGAGCCCAGCCAGGGGCUGCCCCAGUUUACCGCUACGGGCUACGUAGACGACCAGCUCUUUAUCCAGUACGACAGCGACACCAAGAAGGCCCAGGCUCGCGUCCCCUGGAUGGAGAAGCUGGAGAAGGACGACGCCCAAUACUUGGACCGGCAGACCCAGGCCUUGCAUGGCUGGGUGAAGAAAUUCAGAGUGGAUUUGGAGAAUGCACGGAACUUUUACAACCAGAGCAAGGGGUUUCAUACCUGGCAGCUGAUGUACGGCUGUGAGCUGAGGGGCGACGGGAGCAAAGGAGGGCAUUUGCAGUAUGGCUACGAUGGGAGGGACUACAUCGCCCUGGACAAGGAGACCCUCACCUGGACGGCCGCCGAUGUCCCGGCACAAAACACCAAGAGGAAGCUGGAGGCUGAACCUGCCAUUGCCGAGCACGACAAGGCCUACCUGGAGGAGGAAUGCAUUGAGUGGCUGCGGAGAUACCUGGACUACGGCAAGGAGACUCUGCUGAGGAAAGAGCGCCCCGUGGUGAAGGUGACGACCCAGGCGGAGCAUGACAGCAUGGAGACCCUCGUCUGCCAGGCCCACGGCUUCUACCCCAAGGCCAUCGAGACCACCUGGACGAGAGAUGGGGAGGUCUUGGAGCAUAAGACCUUCCACAGGGACGUCGCCCCCAAUUCGGACGGGACCUUCCACGCCUGGCUCAGCAUCCAGAUCGACCCCAAGGAUCGGGACCGCUACCGGUGCCGUGUGGAGCAUGACAGCCUGCUGGAGCCCCUGGUCUUUGCCUGGGAGGAGACCAGUGCAUCCAACUUGGGGCUCAUUAUCAGGUGCGUUGUGGGAGCCGCCAUGGCCCUGCUGGUGGCUGGGAUCAUUGGGAUCUAUUUCUACAGUAAGUAUAAACGUUCCUGCUGA